GUACAUGUCAACACAGUAUUUAAACUAAAGCGGGGCCUGGGAACCAUCACUAUGGCGGGAGCUGGGGAUAACAAAGAACUGUUCCAAACAGCUGGAGAAUGGAGAACACCUGGAGAAUGGAGAACAUCUUGAAGAAGACUUCAAUCUCUAGGAAACUGAUGCAACCAGCCCUGAUCCACAAGAUCAGGGAUGGAACACAUCAUACUUAGUUACCAACAUUGUCCAUUUUAGAUUCAUAUUUAGAAUGGACAUAUUUAAGAUAAUGUUUGCAUUCGAAAUAUUAAACAAGAUUUGUUUAGUAUAUUGAAGACAUAACAAUGAGAGGUUUCACUGCUUUCCAAAAUCAUUUCUUAAUUGAUAUGAUUUUCUUCAAUGAAAGGUUUCUGCUAUAGUAAAUCCACUUUUCGAAAUAUAUUAAUUUACAUUCUGAAAAUUAAUAUUUUUUGCUGUGGUACUUUAUGUACUAAUAUUUUUUCUCUUUUAACUAGCUACUACAACAACAACCACCACCACUCAGAAACCAACAACGCUGCCUGCAUCGGAGAUGCUUUAUGAUUUUACUGCAGAUUAUCACUGGGAUAGGUUUGAUGUAAAUUCUACAGCAAGUGAGCUGAUUGGAGGCUGGAAGGCUAGAACUGGCUUAGCUCAAGGGCCCUUUGGAUUUGGAAGGGCCAUUUCAUUAAAAAGUGAACAGUGUAUGUAUGAUACUAAUUGGAUGAAGCCUCAAAGUAACUUUUCUAAUGAUCCCUGUAUGAUGAAUCCUCAAAACUGUACUCUGGGAAUAACUUUCAAUAUAUGGGAAUCAUUUUCCUUUAGCGGAGAUUUGUUUAACCCUGGUGCAGUAUCAAAGAAGUAUCUGAUGAGCACUGGGGGAGAUUUCAAUGCUGUGAGCGGAGAAGCAUGGCCUGGCUUUUCCAUUUAUCAUGAAGGUUUGAACAUAGUCGGCCUUGUAAGUACUGGAACAAGGGUGUGGACUUUGUCUGUUAGUGGACAAUUAUAUAACAAUACCUGGACUCAGAUUGGCCUAAGGUUUGUUACUCCAAACUUGGCAGACCCCAAUCUUGCUUUGACAGCUGAUGGAUUAGAAAAAAUGGGAGGCCUGGAGAUGUUUAUCAAUUUAGAAAAGGUUGGACAAACUGUACUUCCAGAUUCAACAGCUAGAGGAUCAACCAAUUGGAUCCCUCAACCUAGGUUGACUGCUGACGGAAGUCCCAAUGGUCAGCCUGUUAUGAUGUUUGGAUGUCAUCAAAACUCAAGACUGAAGUUGACCAAUAAAUUUACAGGGUUUGCAGGCACAGAUGAUGCUCCAGCACUAAUAGAUGAAGCUGUUAUUUGGAAUCAUAGACUCCCUGAUAGAGAGUUACCCUACAUGUAUGGUGGAUUCUCCCCAGAUUUUGGAAAUGUCAAUGCAGACCAAUUUGGUGCUAUGUUAGGAGGAGUAGACUUGCAAGAUCCUGAACAAGCUGCUGCAGCUCAAGCUGUUCUUCAGGCCAUGUUAAUGGGCCCGCCAACCACUUUAGCACCAUUCCCUACAAGAACACCUAUUCCCACAACUGUACAAACAUUAUCACCUGAAGAGGAAGAAGCUCUCAAAUUAACCACAAAAACAACAACCCAGAAACCUGUAGAAACAAUAGAUGACCUUAGGAGAGGCAUACUUUCAAAACAGAAUAUUAUGUCAUCUAUGCUUGGAACAAGUGGUGCUACUCAAGGACAAGAUCCAAAAGAGGUUGAAGGAAGAUUUUCCUUGGCAGUGGUUGCUUCUGCAUUGCUAACAGGUGAUCCAGAGAAUGUAAAGAAAUGGAAUGCUGUUGAAAAUGAACCAAUUCAUAUGCAUGAAGGACCUGCAAAGACAGUAAGAGAACUAGAAAACUAUAUGCUGGCAUGGGUUGGAAGUGUUAACACAUCAGCUGAUAGAGAUGGUCAAGAUUUUAAAACAUCCUUUUUCAACUCAAAGGAUGAUACAUUAAGAUACUCUGCUAAGGCAGAUGACAUGGUAAUGAAUGUUGAUAAACUUCCUUUGGGCCCCAUACGAGGUGCUAAAGGGGUAAGGUUAUCCUAUCCUGACUAUGAUGGAUGGGAGUGGGCUGAAGCAAAAUCUAAAUGGAAAAAUGUAAAAGAUAACUUUACUGUUCCCACUGGAAUGUAUGAAGGUAUUGAAGGAUGUCAAGAUUUACCAAUAACAAUUCUAACAGCAGUUUACAAUGGCAUGACCUACAUUUCCCCCCGCAGAAGAAAUCCUGUAAAUAUCAAAUCAGAAAUCUUUAGAAUUGAUACCAAGGUUAUUAGUGUUCGAACACGACUGGAACCUGAUCCAAUGGAUGGUGAUAUUACAUCUGUGUACCAGUGCCAGCCAGAUCAAAAAUACAUGCAAUGGAAUCCUGUCAGACUGACUCUUUGGCAUAAUGAGGUUGCAAAAGCUAAAAGAACUCUUCUAUGGCAUUCAGAUGAAUAUUGGGAGGGUCUAGAGGUCCGACAUUGUGUCUGGUGGAAUGAUAAUUUUGGUGUUACCGGAGCCUGGGAUGACACCCCUUGUAAAGUAAUAGCUACUGAUGAUGAAAAGACAAGCUGUGAAUGUUCUAAGUUUGGAAUGUAUACUGUUUUAGCAGAACUCCUAGAAGCUCCUGAUGAAGCAAAUGGAGCUAUGUGGAUCCUAUUAAUAAAAUGGGUUGGAAUCAUUUUGGGAACAAUUCUCCUCACACUUUUCAUAGCAGUGGUUUUCCUGUCACCGGUUGUUGGAGAAAUGUUCCAUCAAAUCAGAAUGUGGUGCUGUCUUUCUUACAUGAUAGCUAAUAUUUUGUCGCUUCUUGCUGAUAUUGGUCUGUGUGAUGGAAGGCACACAAAUAUUGCGAUGUCAAUGUCCUUGAUGUUCUUUUAUCAAGCUUCCCUUUGGUGGAACAUGUGUGAAACUCAUGCAACCUUUAAAGGAAUAACAGCAGGGCUUAUUAAUGGAAGAACAUCCAUUUACCAUCCCUUUGCCUGGGGAAUGCCAUUAAUAUGUAUUGGGUUCAUUACUUUUUUUCAAGGAGACCUGCUUGGGACGCAUCCAACCUGCUUCAUAUCUUGGGAGAAAACACCAAUAAUGCUCUACUUUGCUUACAAUGGACUGUGUUUUGUCAUCACCCUUAUUUACACACUCAUAAUAAUAUUUAACAUGAUGAAAGUCCAAAGUCAUAACAAGGAUACGGUUAUGUACCUCAAGGAUCAAAUCAAGGGCAUGUUUGCAGCUUCCCUUCUUAUGUUUGUUCUGUGGUGUUAUGGUACUAUUGGAUAUUUUUCCUACAUGAAAACAAAUGACAUGGAUGUGGUCAACCUAAUGCCACUGUUCCAAAUAUUUAAUGGUUGGUUUGGAGUACUACUCUUCCUUGUCCUUGGAAUGUGGUCAAAGAGAUUCCGACAAGGAUUGAGUUCUCAAGCUGAAGAGAAGAGAAGACAACUUGAAAACUUGAAGCAUAGAGGAUCUUCAAUUGCAGAAGAAUCUCCAAGCACUGCUCAAACUUCUCCAACAUCUAGCCAACCUGCAUCACCCUUUGGGAGUAGACCAUCAUCACCAGUAGAAAGCAGACCAGUGACGGCUGCCAGAAGUAGACCAGCAACAGCAGUAGAAAGCAGACCAGGAUCAUCUGCUGGAAGCAGACCAGCAUCUUCUGGAGGAAGUGGACCUGACACAGCAGCUACAAGUAGACCAGCCACAGCAGCUGGUAGUAGACCUGCCACAGCAGCUGGAAGCAGACCCGCCACUGCAUCAUGCAGUCGACCAGGCACAGCUAUACAAAGCAGGCCUGUAAGUGCCAUAAAUGAAGAGCCUCAAGAAGAUGAUCUUACUGAAGUUGCGGAAUAAUGGAAACAUGAUGACUUUUAUCUGUUUAUAAAAAACAUAGAAAAUAUAUAUUGUCAGAUAA